CUUCUUCCUUUCUGGUUGGCGUCACCUCACUUGAGAUGACGCCGAAUUGAUGGCACAGAAACUAAGGCUAUAUUGCCAGUUAAUUUUCGUUUAUAGUCCAGUGGACUUUCUUUUCACUUGACUACAAGCGAAAAUCUCGCUGUGUGGCUGCGUCGAAUCGUCAAAGUACGGCUGAAAAUCCUUUCUUUCUUGCGAAAUACUCGAAUUUUCCCCGGACUAACACGAUGCAACGUGCUCACCCGUUGAGAGUUUCACCGGAAGUGUUAUUUACAUUCAACUUCGAUAUCAAUCCGAAGUACAAUUACAAUUUUAUAAACGCGUAGAAUUCAUUCUCAUUUUCAUAUUUAGUUAGCUAUUUUCUGUGUCAUAUUGCAUUCUUCAAUCAGUUUAACAGCGGCAUAUUUUAGAGUUAAUAGCUGGAGUCUUCGAAGGCGGUCGUCACUUGUGCAAACUACCAACAUGACUCGCAUGACGGUAACCAAAAUACCAGCCCUAAAAGAUAACUUUAUGUAUCUGAUAAUCUGUAACGAGACAAAACAUGCGGCCAUUGUAGAUCCAGUUGAGCCGGAACGGGUGUUGAAAUCUGCCAAGGAAUCGGGUGUAUCAUUGAAUAAGGUGCUAACCACUCAUCACCACUGGGAUCAUGCCGGUGGGAAUGCUGAUUUAUUCAAACAUUAUCAAAUGGAUACAAGUCUAGGUCCAUUGUCUAUUUAUGGUGGGCAGGAUGAACGCAUUCCUAAUUUGACAAAUCCUGUCGGUCAGGAUGACACACUAAACAUCGGCAACCUAAAAGUGCGCUGUAUUUCGACUCCAUGUCAUACGACUUCCCACAUAUGCUACUACAUCGAAACCCCUGAGGACAAGGUUGUUUUCACCGGGGACACCCUAUUUCUGGCAGGUUGUGGUCGUUUUUUUGAAGGUACUGCCCAACAAAUGUACGAUGCCUUGAUUACAAAACUUUCAGCUCUUCCGGAUGAUACAAAGGUCUACUGUGGUCACGAGUAUGCUUUGAAUAAUCUUCGAUUUGGCAAUACCAUUGAACCUGAUAAUGAGAACAUUUCAAAGUUACUCGCGGUAGCUAAAGAAGCAGAUCUAGAUGGUCGCCGUGCCAUGAUACCUUCAACAAUAGGACAAGAAAAACUUAUCAAUGUUUUCAUGCGAGUGCAGAAAGAGAGCGUUCAGUUUUCUAUUGGAAAGAAUACUCCAUUGGCAACAAUGCAGGCACUGCGCGAGGCAAAAGAUAAAUUUUGAAAAUAAUGCCAUAUACCGUUCCUGUGUGUAUUCUGGCAUCAAAUUAUUCAAUACUACAGAAUUAAGAGAACAUGCAGAAUAAAAUUCUAUUCAAUUGAAGUAAA